CGCAAGCUGAGCCGGCGAGCUCUCUGAAAUCUCGCGCAGUCCCGCGAGAGGUUAAGUUGAGGUAACAUGGCGACGUCUAAUCUGUUAAAGAAUAAAGGCUCACUUCAGUUUGAAGACAAAUGGGAUUUUAUGCGUCCUAUUGUUCUGAAGCUUUUACGCCAGGAAUCUGUCACAAAACAGCAAUGGUUUGAUUUGUUUUCGGAUGUCCAUGCAGUUUGUCUGUGGGAUGAUAAAGGCCCUGCAAAAAUCCAUCAGGCUUUGAAAGAAGACAUACUUGAUUUUAUUAAACAAGCACAGGCAAGAGUACUGAGCCAUCAGGAUGAUACAGCACUGCUAAAAGCAUAUAUUGUAGAGUGGAGAAAAUUUUUUACUCAAUGUGAUAUCUUACCUAAACCAUUCUGUCAGCUAGAAAUUACAUUAAUGGGCAAGCAGGGCAGCAACAAAAAGUCGAAUGUGGAAGAUAGUAUUGUUAGAAAGCUUAUGCUUGAUACAUGGAAUGAGUCAAUCUUUUCAAAUAUAAAGAAUAGACUCCAGGACAGUGCAAUGAAGCUAGUCCAUGCAGAGAGAUUAGGAGAAGCUUUCGAUUCUCAGCUGGUGAUUGGAGUAAGAGAAUCCUAUGUUAAUCUCUGUUCAAAUCCUGAGGAUAAGCUUCAAAUUUACCGAGACAAUUUUGAAAAAGCAUACUUGGAUUCGACAGAAAGAUUUUAUAGAACACAAGCCCCUUCUUAUUUACAACAAAAUGGUGUACAGAACUAUAUGAAAUAUGCAGAUGCUAAAUUAAAAGAAGAAGAAAAAAGAGCACUUCGGUAUUUAGAAACAAGGCGAGAAUGUAACUCUGUAGAAGCACUUAUGGAGUGCUGUGUAAAUGCCCUGGUGACAUCCUUUAAGGAGACAAUUUUAGCAGAAUGCCAAGGCAUGAUAAAAAGAAAUGAAACUGAAAAGUUGCACUUAAUGUUUUCUUUGAUGGACAAAGUUCCUAAUGGAAUAGAGCCGAUGUUGAAAGAUUUAGAGGAACAUAUAGUGAGUGCUGGCCUAGCAGAUAUGGUAGCAGCUGCUGAAACUAUUACUACUGAUUCUGAAAAAUAUGUUGAACAAUUACUUACACUAUUUAAUCGAUUUAGUAAACUUGUCAAAGAAGCAUUUCAGGAUGAUCCACGAUUUCUUACUGCAAGAGAUAAGGCAUACAAAGCAGUUGUGAAUGAUGCUACAAUUUUUAAACUUGAAUUACCAUUAAAGCAGAAAGGGGUUGGAUUAAAAACGCAACCUGAAUCAAAAUGCCCUGAACUCCUUGCCAAUUAUUGUGAUAUGUUGCUAAGAAAAACACCACUAAGCAAAAAACUAACUUCUGAAGAAAUUGAAGCCAAACUAAAAGAAGUGCUUUUGGUACUUAAGUAUGUACAAAACAAAGAUGUGUUUAUGAGAUAUCACAAAGCUCACUUAACACGCCGUCUCAUAUUGGAUAUCUCUGCUGACAGUGAAAUUGAAGAGAAUAUGGUAGAAUGGCUAAGAGAAGUGGGUAUGCCAGCAGAUUAUGUAAACAAGCUCGCUAGGAUGUUCCAGGACAUUAAAGUGUCAGAAGAUUUGAAUCAAGCUUUUAAGGAAAUGCACAAGAAUAAUAAGUUGGCUUUACCAGCUGACUCAGUGAAUAUUAAAAUUCUGAAUGCUGGUGCCUGGUCCAGAAGCUCUGAAAAAGUAUUUGUUUCCCUUCCUACUGAGCUGGAGGAUCUGAUCCCUGAAGUAGAAGAAUUCUAUAAAAAAAAUCACAGUGGCAGAAAAUUACAUUGGCACCAUCUCAUGUCAAAUGGAAUUAUAACAUUUAAGAAUGAAGUUGGACAGUAUGACUUAGAGGUAACAACAUUUCAGCUGGCUGUAUUGUUUGCUUGGAACCAAAGACCAAGAGAAAAGAUCAGCUUUGAAAAUCUUAAGCUAGCAACUGAACUUCCUGAUGCUGAACUUAGAAGAACUUUAUGGUCUCUUGUUGCUUUUCCAAAGCUCAAACGACAAGUUUUAUUGUAUGAGCCACAAGUCAUCUCACCCAAAGACUUUACAGAGGGGACCCUCUUCUCAGUGAACCAGGAGUUCAGUUUAAUAAAAAAUGCAAAAGUUCAGAAAAGAGGUAAAAUUAACUUGAUUGGGCGGUUGCAACUCACAACAGAAAGAAUGAGAGAAGAGGAGAAUGAAGGAAUAGUUCAGCUAAGAAUAUUAAGAACCCAGGAGGCUAUCAUCCAAAUAAUGAAAAUGAGAAAGAAAAUUAGUAAUGCUCAACUACAGACUGAACUAGUAGAAAUUUUGAAAAAUAUGUUCUUACCACAAAAGAAAAUGAUAAAAGAGCAAAUUGAAUGGCUUAUAGAGCACAAAUAUAUCAGAAGAGAUGAGUCAGAUAUCAACACUUUCAUAUACAUGGCAUAAUUUUGAAGACUGUGGAAGAUAUGGAAAACCCAGAUAGAGGUGUGCUUGGGCAGACAGUUGCAACAGUGUGUGCUGGAGAUUGACUCAUUUGGAUUUUUAUUACAUAAAUAUCAAAAUUCCUGCCUUACCUUACAAAAGGACUAUGUUUUGCCAAUUCAUCAACUAGCAUGAUGGCAUUCCCUUCAUGUUGCACACUUUUAACAGCAUGCUGUUUUGUGAGGAAACUUGCAUUCAUGAAGAGCCCAUUGUGAGCUUUCUAAAGUUGAUUUCAUUUAUACCCAUCAGGAGAAUUACAGGUUUUUAGAAGUGGAAGUUGGGGAGACACCAGGGAAGGGUAUUCUUUUUUUUUUCUUUUAUUUCCUUUUUUAUUUAAAAAAUAAACAUUACUUGCACAAAGAAUGAUCUUCAAAUAUUCAUGCACUGAAGAACUGCUAUUGUUUUUUUAAAUGCAAGUAGAACUAGAAACAGCACUUUCAGUUAUUUAUGAUCAACCGAGUAAUGUACGGUCUACCUUCGGUGAAAUAGAACUUUGGAAGAGAUAUACAUCACAGUUGAAAACAUAUGCCUUUGUUUUAAUAUCAGUUUGUUGGCUCAAGUAUUGCUUCAGUAUGUGGUAAGAGAUCAUAAUGAUACAUAGAUAAUGUAAAAUAUUUCCAUCCUUUAAAUCUCGACUUCCUUUAAGAAAGGAGAUCGGUUUCUUCUUUGUUUGCUGUAAAAUGGCAUGGAUAUUUUGAUCUAUUUGGCCAAGUUUAACAAAACCUUUUGAAAAAGUAAAUUAGUUGUUUCAUUUGUUUAAAGAAAAUUGUUACACAGUUGCUUUUCAGGGCCUGCACUAGUAAAAUGAAUAUAUGUUAAAUGUGUUUGGUGGUACAGUUAAUAUUUGUGAUCUAAAUAUCUGCUACAUACAAUUAAUAUUUAUGUUUCAGAUAUCUGAUAAGUGCAUUAAAAAAAAUACAAAAACCUCCUACUUGGAAUGUGACACAUUUACAUGAUUGUUUUUUUGUUUUUCAUUUUUAUACUGUAACAUUUUGUUUUUUACAGUCCCAAAUACCUGUAGAGGGGAGGAAGGGAGAUAAGGAAACUACAUUUUUUAAAGACCUGUAAAUCGCUUUGAGGUGGGAGAUAUGAGAAGCAUCAUCAUAGGUUGACACAUGAACAAAGAAGCAGAAUUGAUACAAUUCUAAUAUGAGCAGCCAACUUGCCAAAUAUUUGGCUUAUUUAUAAAUACUUGAUAUGUUAAGAUAUCCACAUGGCAGCAAUUAUCUUGUUUCUUUCUGUCAAUCAGUUGAUAAUAGUAACUUCAUGGUUGCUGGUACCCUGAUGCCCAGAGUAAUCGAGUUCUUUAAACUUGGGGACAUAAGUAAUAAUUUUAAAAAGAAAAAGGGAAAAGAAAUAUUCCCCAUUGGGAAAGAAAAGCUCAAGUUGGAUUUUUAUUCAUCGUGGUGCAAGUUUCAAUUUUUCUUGCAAAUAAUUAUUUUAUAUACUGUGUGACAAAAAAUAUCAGAAUUUUUCAGAAACAAUAUGAUUUUGAUGAAGGGAGUAGGAAAUGAAAUGCUGCAGCACUGAAAGGAAUACAGUAUUAUACUAUUAGCAGCAUGCAUUCAAGAACAUUUUGUAGACUAAAUUCCUAACCCCCAAAUGUUGGAAAUAGCUGCUAUUAAGAAAGGAAAAUAAAUAAAACCUUAGAUAAAAAUUUUGCUAUUUAUAUUCUUAUGCCUGUUCUAAAGCUCAUAGGAAAUUGGAAUUUUUUGUUAAAAAUUUAAAAUGUUGCAGUUCAUUUUUUAAGGUAGCUUGAAAGUGUCAAAAAUGUUAGCCCAGAAAUUUUCAGAAUUGAACUAAAAUUAGCACAUUUUGUUUUCUAGCUAUAUAAAGGCUAACAGUGGAUGAAAUUUGGAAAAAAUAAAAUGUGUAAUAAUAAUAAUGGUGACUUUAUGUGUAACAAAACUUUUGAUAUUGGCACAUUUACUUGUAAUACAAGAAUGCCAGAAUAGGAAAUAAUUGGGUAAAAUUGACGCCACUUUGAAAGUUUAAAGUCUUUCUGCCAUAAUUGUCUUGAGCACUUUUUACAAAUUCCUAAUCUUUCUGUCAUUUAACUUAAGAAUGAGAGCCAUGAUGUGUUGACCUGCGAGGCAAGCGAAAUACAAAAGUGGGUAGCUCUAAGCCCAUAGCAGAUUUUUCUAUUAAAUUUUGUAAAAUUUUGUUUCAUAGCUAAUUAUGUCCUAAUUAUAUUUUGCGCAUCCAAAUGGGAACGAAUACUGUAGCAUUGUAGUUUUCUUCAAUUUUCUGGUAUAUAUACAAAAUUAAUAACCAAUAAGUUAUCUAACUACUUUUCAGUGUUUGUGGAAACCGUUAAUUAACAAGGUGCCUAUAACAUUGUUCAAUUUUAUUUAACUAUGUUUUGACUAAAAAUUUGCUAUGUUAAAAAAAAAAAAAGCAAAAUGACACCAGCAGCUUGCUAAAGAUGCAGAAUCACGUUUAGCAUCCUUCAUCAGGUCAGUUUCACCUAUAUGCACUUAAAGCUAGUGUUAUCUGGGAUAGGAGAGAUAACUGAAGUAAGGUGUUACUUGUGAGAAAAAAGUAUUUAGAAAUAAAAUCAAAAAUGUUCUUCACUUGCAAUAUGGCAGCAGUGCACUUUUAAAGCUUAAUUUUAGCUUUGAAUAUUUAUCUCCAAAGACCUAGCUAACACAGGUGCUGCAUCUGGAAAGUAUAAACAAAUGUUGCCACAUACACUGCCAUAGUGAAUGGAUAUGAGACAAAAUUGACCAAAUAAAAAACGUGACAGAUUGUAAAUUACAUUUCUAAUGAGUUUCAGUGAGAAAAAUAUUAAAAAUUUUUCUUUUCCAGUGAUUUAAUGAAGAUCUUAUAAAUUCUCAAGUCUUCCAUGUUUUUCAUUACAUAGGUGGUCUCCUUCAUUUUGGUUGGCCCAUGUAUCUCUUGCUUGUUUUGAGCAUGAGUAAAAUGUUCCAAUAUGAACAAAUAUUAGCUUUCUUGUUUUCACUUUAAUAUGUAAAAUUUAAUAGAAAUAUGAUCUGAAUAGUCAGAAAACAUUUUGCAUUAGGAUGUUAUUUUUCCUGUAAAGUGCAAAUUUUAACAAUUCAAUUUGGGCAAGAAAUUUGCUAGUUUUACAGAAAGAUUUACUAACUUAAAUGCAAACUGUGUUUUUUCUAUUUUCAUGUAAAUGACUGGGAUGCUAUCUUGUAAAUUCUUCCAAGGUCAUAUUUGUGAAAUAAACAGUACAUGGAAGCUUUCCUGUCAUAUACAUUAUAUGUAGUCUGUGGAGUGUUGAUAAAACUUGAGUUCCUAGAUUGUAAUCUAUCUAUGUAUGGUAUUUACAAUAUUGAAUGUGUGCCACUUCAUACCGAGAUAAUAAUGCUGUACAAUUUUGAAUGGUAGCAGUUUCCAUAUGGCAGUCAGCUAAACUAUUUUGAUGUACUGCUUAAUUUUUGAAUUUUAUUUUUUAAGUUGUAUAAUUUAUUUUCUUGCGAAAUAAAAAAAAAAAAAGUAAUACAAAAGACUUCCUCUUAUCCGAGAAAUUUUGGUGUCCUCCUAUGAAACAGUUUUUAAAUUUGAAUAAAAUCUCUUGUGCUAGGUUUGUUGUGUUAUAUAUUAAAUGAAGCAAAAACAAAACCCACAACCUUGCUCUAAGAAUUUAAAAUGUUGUGGCAAUGAAUUUAUUCAGAUUAUACAUUUUAUUUUCAAAUGAAGGCUAGAGGUUAGGAAAUAUGGUUUUAAAACCAUUUCUCCAUCAUUUUGUAAUGUGACAGCAAAUGGAACAGAACAGAAUGUGCAAACUUAUUGACCAGAGAUAUUGACUUUAGUUUCAGAGAAAAUUAUUGAAGAGAUCAUUAAAGAGAUGGUUGGCAAAUAUCUAAAAAGUAAAGUAGUUGAUCCAGCAUAGCUUCAUUAAGAACAGGUUAAACCAAACUAAUUUCAUUUUCUUUUUUGAUAAUACCAAACAAGUGGAUGAGGAAAACGCUAUUAAUAUAAGAUGGAGAGUUCUGAUUUAGAUUAUACAAUUAAUUCUGCAUUCACCUGAUUUUUUUUAAUAGAUAAUUUCAAAAAGUUAUUUUUAAAUUAUUCAAUUGUCUUUGUGACAAGAGAUCUUCCCAUGGAGUAUCUUAGUUCUCUGUACUUAGCCUAGAACUGCUAACAUUUUUAUCUGUGACUUGGUAAAAGGUAUAAAGGGUAUGUUCAUGAAAUUUGUAGAUAACAGAUCUAGGAGGGAUGAUUAACACACAGUAAUAAUAAAGAACCACCAAGACUUCGACAGGCUGGAGCAUCAAGCUGAACCAAAUAAGAUGAAAUUCAAUAGCAAUAAACAUAAAGGGCUAUAUUUGACUACAAAAAGUCAGCUAUACAGAUAUCAGGUAAAAGAAUGAUAGCAGUUCUAAAAAGAAUCUUAAGGGUUUUGUUGGAUUGCAACAUCUAAAGGAAUAAACAGUGUGAUGUGGUAUCCUGAAAAGCUAAUGUAAUUUUGAACUUCAUUGUUUUUACUGUUUUGUCUGGUCCUGUCCAAUUCUUUGUGACCCCGUGGACCAUAACACCUCAAUAUUGUCCUUGGAGUUUUCUUGGCAAAGAUAUUGGAGUCAAUCACCAUUUCCUUCUUCAAUAGAUUAAGACAAAGAAAAAUAACAGCUAGUAAUUUUCUGAAACUAAAUUUAAACUCAGGUUUUGUUGAAUCCAGGCCCAAUACAAUAUGAACUGCACUACCUAGCUGCCUCCUUGGAUUUCAUCAAAACAGUGUAAUUUCCAGAGUUAGGGAAGUUAUCUCAUUACUCUUGGUAUUGUAUUUAGAACGAUAACCAAAAUGAUGGAGGACCUUUUGCCCCAACAAAUGAGUAUUAUUUAAAGGAACUGGAAUUGGAGAAAUGAAGUUUUAAGGAGCAUGAGAUAGAUAGCCGUCUUCAAGAAUUUGAAAUGUUAUCAUGUGGAAGAAGAAUGAGAAUUGGGGUUUUUUGGUGCCAAGGGGCAAAGUUGGGAGAAAUGGGUGGAAAUUGCAGAGGCAAAUUUAGGUUCAAUAUCAAAAAAACGUAAUGCUCAGAGAUGUGCAAAACUGAAAUGGCUUGCCUUAAAAGGCUUACCUCUUUUCCCUUCUUGGAGGUCUGCGGGAUAGGGCUAGAUGACCACUGUCAUGUUAUAGUGCAGUUCUUUUGUGUGUAAUUAUGGUUACUGAAGUUCACUCUAAUCCUCAAAUUCUGUGAAAUUGGGCAUGUCCUGAUGAUCAGUACACAUCAGUGGUAAAAUGGUUCUGAUGUUUAUAAACAAAUUUACUUCUUGGUUCUAACAAAUUCCAUGUCUUCUUUAUCUUUCUUUUUUAUCCUUUGAAUAUAUGACAUUGUAUGUGCAUAUAUUUGGCGCUUAAAAUUUUUUGUUAUUAAAUUAUUUUAUAAUUAGAACUUAUUAAUGUUUAUCCAGAUAAAGAUGAAUAGAUCUAUUUCAAUGAAAACUAAAUUUCAUCACCUGUUUAUAAGAUGCAGUUAUAUCAUCGGAACUAUACAGAACUUCAUUAGAAAUCAGGUACAUAUUUCUCCAGUUGACAAACAAUAAAGCCAAUUACACUAAUUUGGCAAUAAAUGCUACUUAAACUCACAGAUUAGAAUUAACCAAUAUUUUCUUCUUCAUUUUUCAAUGUCCCUUGAAUUUAGUCAUAUAUUAAAGAGCUUUGGCAUUUUGUCAGUGGAGAAAUUAAUGAAAUAAUUUGAUCAUUUGAGAGAGUAUUUUUAAAAAGCUAUAUCAAUGCAGAAAGAAAGGAAUAGCUAACCAAGAUGUGGAAUUAAGGUUUUUGUUAACAGUUUAAAAAGUAGGAAAAAGGGCAUCAAUUAAAUUUGUGUUUUAAGGGUCUUUGAAAGUGAGAAGACUACUACACAGUCAAAAGAAAACUUUAGCUUUUAUUAAAUGUUUGGUGAAGCAUUGAGAUACUAAAAAAAAUAAAAGUGUUGCACAGCACAAUAA